GAGCUGAGGGGGAGGAUGGAGAGGGGCGGUGUCUCACCCUUGUCCUUCCGCCCGCUCGGAACUCAAGUGCCGCGGCGCUGGUGUCCGGCCGAGAGAGGGGUGUGCACCGAAAUGGCCGCCGGGGCGGGCCGGGUGGGCCUGGGGCUCUCAGGAGCCGGGAGGCUGCUGGGAAAGAGGAUGGAGGGGAUGGUGUCCCCAGCCUGGGCUCGCUGUCUCUUUACCAGGUCGAGAAUUCCAGACUCGGUAUUUCAGCCACGGCCUGGAGAUCAUGAGAAGUAUGGAGGUGACCCUGAGCAGCCCCACCAAAUCCAUGUUAUUACCAGAAUAAAAAGUGUCAUUGGUCGCCCAUAUUGGGAAAAGAAGAUAGUACGUGACCUUGGGCUGGAUAAAGCGCAUCAGCCGAGACUGCACAAAAAUAUCCCUUCUGUGAAUUCCAAACUGAAAGUUAUUAAACAUCUGAUAAGAAUAAAGCCACUGAAACUACCCUACGGGUUGCCAACAGAAGAGGAAAUACCCGGCACCUUUCUGACACGCAACGGAGAGCUUGUCAUUAAACGGCGUCUGAAACCUGUGGAGCAGAAAGAAAUAAAGUCAUAAGGUGUGCUGGUUGGAUUUGGAUUCUAUAAAAUAAAUACUUUAAAUUCUGA